AUGAUCCCGCGACCGAGAGUAUACGGGAUGCUCACUUCCAGUAGACUUCAAAACUUUUCCUCAUCUGGCGUAUGUGACCUGCUGCUGCCUAGGAAGCAAGGAGGUAGCGGGUGGAGCUUACUCGGUCAAGGCAUGCUGGAGGCGGUGGGGAAGGUGCUCAGCUUCGAGGAACGGCAGAAGGUCACUGAAGACCUCAAGGAGUCGGGCGACGACGACCACGAGGCUGAGGCGAUUGUAGCAACAGCCCCCCCAGGCAGCGCAAGAGCCACAGGUGACAUGGCAGCAGCAGCGGCCGCAGCAGCUCUAAAACCCCGCGGAGGGGGCAGCUCGGGCAGCACAGCAGCCGCCGCAGCAGACGACAACCCCCUGAAGAACAAGACCAUGGCGGAGCUGAGCGCGCUGGCCGUGGGUGUGACUGUAGAGCGCGUGCCUCUAUCAGGGUUCAUGGGCGUGGAUGGACGGCUGGGGAUCACGGAUGGUAGUUGCCAGGCCACGUCUGGGGAGAGGGAUUGUCUGCCGCAUGGCAUCUGCAUCAACGGCAAAUGCCGCUACCAAGGUGACUUCUGCCGCUCUGCACGGCGUCCCUUUGUGCGCAAGAAGUCGACCUACGACGGCCGCUUUGUGCUGAGCGUGAGGCACGUGCGCAAGGCACACGGGGUCAAGUACCCUCUCACGCCCUCCCCGGGCUCCUACGCUGCUACCAACGCCGCAGCUGCUGGCACGGAGGGAGGCGCGGAGGAGGAGAAGGAGAAGGAGGGUGAGGGCGCCGCGUUUUUCGAGGCGCCGUUUUUCACUGCGGGGAAGGUCAACCGCGUUGUGUGGGGCAAUCUGCAAAAGGGCAAGCUGAUGGAGCUGGAGCCCAUGGUCUCGCAGGCGCUGUUGGAGCAUCUGCCAGGCAGCGACCUGCUGCAGAACGCCCUGUUCAACUCGUGUGCCAUCGUGGGCAACUCGGGCUUUAACCUGCUCUUCCGGGACGGGCAGCUCAUCGACAGCCAUGACGCUGUGUUCCGACUAUUUGAUGGCCCCACUGUGGCGCGCAGUGGGGAGGGCGCAGCAGCAGUGGCAGUAGACUUUACAGCGUUUGUGGGGAAGAGGGCCACCAUGCGAGUGGUGGAUGAGGACACCAUCGGGUUCAGCGAGGGAGGCGAAAUCACCCUCAUGAACGUCGCCUCUAAGAAGGGCUUCUAUGGGCAUUUCCAGUUCCUGAAUGAGCAACCGGACGCCAAGUCGUUCUUGUUUGACCCCGAAUUCGCCACACACGUCACUGACAACAUCGGUCCCAUGCCCUCCCCCCUCGCUAUGACGCUCUUCCUCGCACUCCAGAAAUGCGCUUCUUUGGACGUGUUUGGGGUGCACUGGCGACCAGGAUACGGAGUGCCAGAGCUUUACUAUAGAGAGACGGACUCUGACGCGGAUGUGGUGUACCAGCAGCCAGCCGACCUGCAGCUAGUCGAGACCCUUGCUCGCCUGAACCUGGUGGGGCUGGGGCAGCCGUGUGUGAUUGGCUGUGAGGCUGAGACGCGCAUUCGCUGCGACUCCUGCUCUGCUGGCAGCUCCUGCGCCUGCGGCCGCCACAACCCGCUGCCCGUCGCGCUGCCCGGGUUCUGCCACCUGCCCGGAAACUACACGUGCUUCUUCCGAUGCGACGGGAAGUGGGGCAACGCAUGCCAGGGUGGGCCUGGCAGCAGCCUCUGCCCGGACGACUUUGACAUCACCGGGCGGCAGUGCUCCACGCCUGCAGAUACGCCUCCCCCAGAUGAGGCCCCAUGGUGGGCGCGGCGCGGGUCGAUGCGCGAGUUUGACUCCAAGUUUGAGCGCGCGUACCGACAGCUGCGGAAGCAGAAGAUUCGAGAGGCCAAGGAGAGGGCCAGGACUGCCAGGGCUGCACGGCUGAAGAAGAGAGAGGAGAGAAGCAUGCGCCAGCAUGGGAAUGAAGCCAGGUGA